AAGCAACGAAGGCGGGGGACGCUCAGCAGCUGUUAACCGCAGGAAGAACCCGGCCGGCCUGGUGGCCCUCUGGCAAGAUGGAGAAAUUUCAGGCUGCAAUGCUGCUGGGCGGCGUGGGCGAUGCCCUUGGUUACAGAAACGCCAGCAAGGAGAACAGCGCCCUAGGUACAAAGAUCCAGGAGGAGCUGAAACAAACGGGGGGACUGGGCCAGCUUGUGCUUUCCCCGGACCAGUGGCCAGUGAGCGACAACACCCUCAUGCACAUAACCACGGCCGAGGCGCUCGUCACAGACUACUGGUGCCUGGAUGACCUGUACCGGGAGAUGGUGAAGCACUAUGUGGAAAUAGUCGAGAAGCUCCCGGGGCGUCGGCCAGACCCAGCUACAAUUGAAGGCUGCUUGCAGUUGAAGCCAGACAACUACCUCCUCGCCUGGCACACACCUUUCAACGAAAAGGGCUCCGGAUUUGGGGCUGCCACCAAAGCAAUGUGCAUCGGCAUGCGCUAUUGGAAGCCCGAGCGGCUGGAAACCCUCAUUGAAGUCAGCAUCGAGUGUGGACGGAUGACGCACAACCACCCUACAGAAUACCAGGAGCACUGGUUUUACUUUGAAGCGAAAUGGCAGUUUUAUUUGGAGGAGAGGAAAAUUGCUGAAGACAACGGAAACAAAGCCACCUUUCCUGAGAAUUAUAACGCCGAGGAGAGAGACAAGACUUACAAGAAAUGGAGCUCAGAAGGCCGAGGGGGUAGAAGAGGCCAUGAUGCUCCCAUGAUUGCCUAUGACGCUCUGUUAGGAGCAGGCGAUAACUGGACAGAGCUCUGUAACCGGGCCAUGUUUCACGGAGGGGAGAGUGGAGCCACUGGGACAAUUGCAGGCUGCCUGUUCGGAUUGCUCUACGGCCUGAAAGAUAUUCCCAGAAGCUUGUACCAGGACCUCGAGCACAAGGAGAAACUAGAAAGCUUGGGUGAAGCCCUUUACCGCCUGUCCACAGAAGAAAAGUAAAGCCAUUUCUGCCCUUUCCCCCUUUCUUUAGAGACCAGGCCAAACCCUGGGGCACCUCCCUGGUCUUCCUUCGCAAACUGAUAGACUUGACUGUGGCAAUGCUUUAUGUAUGCAAUUUCCAGUCAGCAAAGAAUCCAUGCUAAUGUUUUCCCUCCCAAUCUCAGGACCCUAAUUGCUAUUAAAAAAAAAAAUACAUCGCUUGUCCUAUGAGAAUGGUUUUGCUGAUCCUGAUCCAAACCCCAGUGAAUUAUCAGCGUGGUGUGUCAACUCUGCUUCCAAAGAGAACAGUCACAUAAUCGUUUCUCGGACAACUGGUGUAUUUUUUUCCAGUGCAAAGCUAAUGCUCUCCGCUCACUUAUGCCAGCAAGACUAACUACAGUGGCCCUCCUCCAGUGUGCCUCCUCUAAUUGUCAAAGCCUUACGUCACUGUGUUUUUCGACCUUAGACAGGUUUCUUGACCCCUGGCAAACCUAUUACAUCUUCAUCCAUUCAUUCACUAGGGCCCCAUCAGGCUCUUGUUGGCAAUAUGAUGCAUAUGUAGUCUGACCAUAGAUGUUUCUACAACAACAACCAAAGAAAAGAAAAGAAAAAACAAUAUUGGGUCCACUUGGGAUGUAGCCAAAAGAGCACCACGGGGUCUAACCUGCCCCACCUACUAUGUUUUUAAUCACACUAGAGUUUUACAAACAAUCUCUUUGGAGCAAUUUGCAGAGGAAAUAAACGACUGUCAUGCCGGUCCGAA